AUGCUAGGCCUGCUCUUUGCCUUCUUCUCCACCAUUCUCAUCACCGAUGCUCUCAAGGUGUCGGUUGGCCGACCCCGACCCGAUUUCUUCAUCAGAUGCUUCCCCUCGGGAGUCCCUGUUUACAGCAGCAGUGGCAAUGUGUUGUGUAACGGCAAUCCAUCCGUUGUGAGCGAAGGAAGAAAGAGCUUCCCGAGCGGACAUGCAUCAGUGUCCUUUUCAGGCCUGGCGUAUCUCUCCUUCUUCCUAGCAGCCAAGCUCCACUCCCUCUCCUCCUCUGCCGCUCACCUCUGGCGACUGCUGCCCCCUGCGCUGCCGCUGGUGGGAGGAGUGGCCGUCGGAAUCACUCGCAUUGAUGACUACUGGCACUUCCCAUUUGACGUGUUUGUGGGCAGCCUCAUUGGCAUCUCGUUUGCUGCUAUCUGCUACUUCAUACAUUACCCAUCUCUGCGCCAUGACUACUGUCAUCUCCCUCGCGAUCUGGUUAAAUCCGAUGUUUCUAGGAGAGCUGUUUUGGAUGACAAUGUUGACUCGUCGCUUGAUGUACCCACCAACGGUGAUGGGUCCGCUCCUUGCGUGCGUCCCAAUCGCGAGUUCGCAGGCGAGCCUGGCGACGGCGACGGCGACGGCGAUGUCGAGUCUGAUCGCAAGCCCGUCGUGCGAACGAAGCUGGAGCCUUCCGGCGAAGCAAGCAGCAGCUCUCUCGGUAAUGGCGCGAUCGUUCCCGUCGGAUCCGCGCGAUCUAACGCAGAGGACCUAGCGGCCUUCGAACCGGUUAGCGUAUGGGGUAACUCGUCCUUAGAAGAAGCGGAUCCGGACAUCUGGCGAUUAAUUCAGGGGGAGAAGCGGCGCCAGCGCUGCUGCCUGGAGUUAAUCGCGUCGGAGAAUUUCACCUCGCAGGCCGUUCUCGAGGCGCUAGGGAGCCCGAUGACGAAUAAGUACUCGGAAGGGAUGCCCGGAGCGCGGUACUAUGGCGGGAACCAGUGGAUUGACGCAGUGGAGAAUCUUUGCCGCGAACGCGCGCUUGCCGCGUUUCAUCUCGACCCGCAACGGUGGGGAGUGAACGUACAGCCGUACUCCUGCACGUCCGCGAACUUCGCGGUUUACACGGCGCUUCUGACGCCGGGAGAUCGAAUCAUGGGAUUGGAUCUGCCUUCCGGUGGUCAUUUGAGUCACGGAUUUUACACCAAUGGCGGGAAGAAGGUCUCUGGCGCGUCGAUUUAUUUUGAAACGCUUCCUUAUAAGGUGAACCCCGUUACUGGAAUAAUCGACUAUGAGCGCAUGGAGGAGAAGGCGCAGGAGUACCGCCCGCGGCUGCUGGUGGUGGGCGGAAGUGCGUACCCGCGCGAGUGGGAUUUCGCGCGGUGCCGCCGCAUCGCGGACAAAUGCGGCGCGAUUCUCAUGUGCGACAUGGCCCACAUCAGCGGACUCGUCGCGGCGCAGGAGUGUAAUAGCCCGUUCGAUUUCGCAGAUGUGGUAACCAGCACGACCCACAAAACGCUCCGAGGACCCAGAGGUGGGCUCGUCUUUUACCGCCGCGGCCCCAUCGUCUUUCCCCGUAGCGCCGCCGCCGCGUCGGCUACCAUGGGCACGGCUGGCGCUGGCGGAGGGGAAGCCGCCAGGAAUAGCGGCGGCGCCUCGGCAGCAGGCGCGAACACUGACCGAAUCAACUUCGCGGUGUUCCCGUCGAUGCAAGGCGGCCCCCACAACAACCACACGGCCGCGCUGGCCGUCUCGCUCAAGCAAGCGGCGUCCCCCGCGUUCCGCGCGUACAUGAUCCAGGUGAAGCGCAACGCGAGGGCGCUAGCAGCGGCGCUGGCGCGGCGUGGGUGCCGAAUAGUGACGGGCGGUACGGACAACCACCUGCUGCUGUGGGACCUGCGCCCGCUGGGUCUCACGGGCGGGCGGUUCGAGAAGGUGUGCGAGGCGUGCAGCAUCACGCUCAAUAAGAACGCCGUCUUUGGAGACAACUCCGCCCUGCCUGGCGGCGUGCGCAUUGGCACACCAGCCAUGACCACGCGGGGGUGCAAGGAGGCAGACAUGGACCGGAUCGCCGAUUUUCUUGUGAGGGCCGUGCAGAUCGCCCAGCGCUCGCUGCACUCGCAGCGCCUGCAGCUCUCCCUCUCGCCGGCCCCCGCAGCUGCCUCCGCUUCACCUGCAUCUGGAAUGCUCUCUGUGGACGUCACCCUUGUUGCACACAUCGUGCAGCAGACAAGGAUGCGUCUGAAGACGCGGUAUUCCCUCCGCGACCCUGCACACCAUUUCGGCAGCGGAGACAAAAUGCAGCUUCCCGAGUUCAUUCAGAGGCACGGGACAAAGGACAAGCGCGAGAUGAAGGCGGAGGGCGUAGACGGGGACGGGAAUCCCGUCACGUUUGAGUUCACGCUGCACGAGCGCCCGCUGCCAGGACACGAGACGGAAGGCGAUGUCACGGCGUGCGUCGAGCUGUCGAUCAAGUACGUGCGCGCCAUUGACAAAGAGCGGGAGUGGCGGAUGCGCGACCUGGAGCUGCUGGAAGGCUCGAAGCUGUUUCGCACAGCUUCGUACGUGUCCGACGACACGAAGCGACUGGAAACCUUCAAAAAGUGGCUCGGCCAGCUGCACAAGUUGUACCACCACAAGCUGCCAGGUAAGCCUUCUGUAGCGCUUGCACAUGUUAUGAUGUUUGUUGUCGCUUUCAUGCCUGACAUGAGGUUGACCAUUGCACAUCCUGCAUACUGUGGCUUGUUGGACUAA